ACGCCCCGGCCCGCCCCGCUCCUCCUCCUGCCCGGCCAAGCUGCCUCCCAUUUGGGGAGUUUUGUGGGUUUUCUUUCUCCUCCUCCAACCACCGCGGAGGCCACGACUCAGGCGCCGCAGCCGGGGGCCGCUUCCAUGAUGCGGGGCGGCAGCUGGUGAAAUCAACGAAACCGAUCUUGGCCUAAAGCAGGCCCCGCGGGAGGCCAAGGCCAUGGCCAUAGCCACGUCGAUGCUGUGAUUUCCGGGGAAAGCGAGGCUGCCUCUUGUUUUCUGGUGCCUUCCGAAGGGGUACUCUGGGCAGGAGGACUGUGAGGCUGGAAAGACGAGAAGCAUGGCUCCUGACAUCCUCCCAUACUACCAGGAGGAGUUCAGUUUUCACUCCUUCUCAGACCAAACUCGUUUUUAGCUCCUCAGUCUGUAUGAUGGCCCAGCUGGCCCGGGCACUGUACGACAACACCGCUGAGUCCCCCCAGGAGCUAUCCUUCCGCCGAGGGGAUGUCCUCCGGGUCCUGCAAAGGGAGGGCGCUGGUGGCCUGGAUGGCUGGUGCCUCUGCUCGCUGCAUGGCCAGCAGGGCAUUGUGCCCGCCAACAGAGUGAAGCUCCUUCCUGCCGGCCCAGCACCCCAGCCCAGCCUCACCCAGGAGCCCCCUGCCCAGCCUGGCUCACCAUCUCCAGCCCCAGAGCACAGCAAUGAGGACCAGGAGGUAUAUGUGGUACCACCCCCAGCUCGGCCCUGUCCUACCGUAGGACCUCAGGCUGGACCCUGCCUGCCCUCCUCUGAUCCCAUCUACAAGGUCCCCAGAGGGAGUGGGACCCAGACAGCCGCCCCUGGAGACGCCCUGGAGGUCUAUGACGUGCCCCCCACGGCCCUCCGAGUUCCCGCCAAUGGUCCCUACGACUCCCCUGCCUCCUUCAGCCGCCCUCUGGCCCAGGGUGCUCUGCAGCCCCCUGGAGAGGAUGAAGCUCCCUACGAUGUGCCUUUGGCCCCAAAGCUGCCAUCAGAGCUGGAAGCAGAUCUGGAGUGGGAAGGGGGCCGGGAACCCGAGCCCCCCCUCUACGCUGCCCCCUCCAACCUGAAACGGGCCUCAGCCCUGCUCAAUCUGUACGAAGCGCCAGAGGAACUGCUAGCAGAUGGGGAAGGUGGAGGCACUGAUGAGGGCAUCUACGAUGUGCCCCUGCUUGGACCAGAGGCGCCUCCUUCUCCAGAGCCCCCAGGAGCCUCAGCCUCCAAUGACCUGGACGCUUUGGCCCUGCUUCUAGCCAGAAGCCCCCCACUCCCACACAGGCCCCGCUUGCCCUCAGCCGAGAGCCUGUCCCGCCGCCCUUUGCCUGCCCUGCCUGUCCCUGAGGCCCCCAGCCCUUCCCCCGCUCCCUCUCCUGCUCCAGGCCGGAAAGGCAGCAUCCAGGACCGACCUCUACCCCCACCCCCACCCCGCCUGCCAGGCUAUGGGGGCCCCAAGGUUGAAGAGGAUCCAGAGGGCAGGGAGGUAGAGGAUGAUCCAGCAGGACCCCACAAUGAGUAUGAGGGCAUCCCAAUGGCUGAAGAGUACGACUAUGUCCAUCUGAAGGGCAUGGAUAAAGCUCAGGGAUGUAGGCCCCUGGAUAAAGUCUGCCCAGGGGAUCCUGAACUGCUGGAGAGGGGGCUUCCAGAGCAGCAGGAGGCCCCAUGCCCGGAGGAGCCACUGGAUCUGCCCACUGGAGACCUGCAGCUCCUGCACUUCUACGCAGGCCAGUGCCAGAGCCACUACUCAGCCCUGCAGGCUGCCGUGGCGGCCCUCACAUCCAGCACCCAGGCCCACCAACCCCCACGCCUCUUCGUGCCCCACGGCAAACGGGUGGUGGUGGCUGCUCACCGCCUGGUGUUUGUUGGGGACACUCUGGGCCGGCUGGCAGCCUCCGCUCCUCUGCGAGCCCAGGUUGGGGCUGCAGGGACAGCACUGGGCCAGGCACUGCGGGCCACCGUCCUGGCUGUCAAGGGGGCCGCCCUGGGCUACCCGUCCCACCCUGCAGCCCAAGAGAUGGCACAGUGUGUGGCGGCGCUGGCAGGGCAGGCCUUGCAGUUCACCACUCUGCUCUCCAGCCUGGCCCCCUGAGCCCCCCUCGGCCCUGUUCUGCCUCUCUUCUGCCUGCCAGAGCCCCCUGCUGGGACUUGGGCCUCCUCCGGAGGGCUCUGUUUUAAGGACCAGGAGAGGUGUGGGCAUCUUUCCCUUUCCGGUCAUCUCAGUCUCUCACAGAGAUGUCCCUCCCCCUCCCACAGCUUUUUGUACGAGCCAUUUUGUAUAAAUUAUUUAUAUUUAAUAGUAUUCCCUGUUUUGUCAGGGGCAGGGAGGAACUGGACUCUUCUGUCUUAGCCUGUGGUGGGGAGAUUCUUGAUCACCGCACCUCUGGAAACACGGCCCCGCAGAGAAUCAGCUGGCUGAAACCUGGGGCCGCCUGGAGCCCCUUUCUUGUCGUGGUUCUUGACUCUAGAACAUAAGCACCUCACUGCUGGCUGAGAGUGAGGGCAGGACAUUGAUCACCCAGAAUGUGGAGGUCUGUGGAGGCCCGAGGGCUUCUCCCCACAGGAGGCUGGAAAGAGCUGGGCCUGAGUGAGCCCUGCUAUCUGGUUCUCUGACUCUGCUUGUUGGGUGCUUGGGGAGGGGCCAGGCCUGGUGCCCCUUGCCUAAACUGAUGGGCACACACUGUGGGCAGGAUGUCCUUAGGUUUGGGGGGAGAUUUUGCUGUUAUUUUCAAUAAUUAUUCAUUCGGUGGGUUUCAGCUCCCAUGAUGUGCCAAGCACAGUUCUGAAGGCGCAUUGUGGAAUGGGAUGAAUAAAACUCAGUCAGUUAAAAUAAAUUAAAAAAAAAAACCUGCCACAGAUUUGACAGUUGCUGGUAAUAGAAAUAAACAGGGUGAUGUGAGGGACUAACUGGAUGAGGGAGAGACCAUUGAAGGAGACUUUGGACAGGAUGUUGGGGAGGUAAUCUCUGAGCUGAGGCCCCAGGGAUGAGAACACCAAGAAGAGUCUGAUCCUAGCAUUCCCAGAAAGCAGACACUGAUAACUAACUGGGGUCCUUUCCUCCAAGACUUCAUUGCCUCAUGAUGUCAAUAGAGAGGUGCAGAGAGGUUGACCUCACAAGAGCCCUGAAAGAUGCCAAGCUGAAGAGAUCACCCCCAGUGAAGGCCUGUCCUCACAUGGUGCCACAGCACGGCUCUGGCCAGCUGGACAGUGUUGGUGGCUGGCCUAGGUGCCCACUCCCUUAGGUUAAGGCAAGAAGGUUUGGCUCCUUCAGCCCCCCUUCCUAGGCCUCCUGCUGACCGUCCUCUAGACAAACCUUUUAUUAGAGGAGCCAAGGGUCCAAGUGAAUGCAAUGUGCUGUUAGUCCAUAGUCCUAAAGCAUUGGUGACAAUGACAAGCCAUGGCUUAGAUGGGAGAUCACUGCAGCCACUUACCACAGGGAAAAAGUCCAAGCCACAGAUCCAUGGCUUCCAUUGUACUUUCCCCAGAUGACACCUUGGCACCAUGACUGGAUUAGAGGCACCCCAACUUCAGUCACAGUCUGAGUCUUUUGCCUCCCCCAAUGCCUUGCCUUCUCCAUUUUUGGCUCCUUCUUUCUCAUUUCACUCUCAAAACUCCCAUAUUCGAGGGUCACCCAAAUUCACCCUUGUGUGCUGCAGACAUAACAGCUAUUCUCCAUCAUCUCCCAGAAAGAAUAUUGAGAGAACAAGCCAGAAAGAGAGUCUGAGAUUUCAGUGCAAGUCCCAGGUCUGCCGUGCACCUGCGUGUGUGCAAGUAACUCCUCUCAGUCCUGAGUCCUGGUGUUACCUUUAGUAGGAGAAUGAUCAUAAUGAUCUCACAGGGUUGUGAGGCUGUAACAAGAUAAUGCAUGUGAAUGACCCAGUGCCACAUAAAGGUAAGGGGUUAUAUAUAAUUCCAGGACAGACACAGGACAAUUGAAUCUCCAAGGAAUGUUGGCUGUGAACACACCAAAGUAAACCCUAAAGAGAUACUGAAAUGAGUUAGGGUAGAAGAGCAGUGGGAAGCUGCUUAAUGGAUUAGAAGAGUUACCAUAUUUGGAAAAUUUCUGAACAGAGGGGACAAAUUGGAAGUGUGUGCUUCAGUGGAGAGAAGAGGCAAUGGAUUUCCUGGCUGAGACUAUCUGCACACUCCUUUCUAGCCCUUACCCUUAGACUAGAGAAUAUAGUAUCUAUUAGGUAUUAAAUCUCUUAGAGAAGUAAGUCUCUGAUUUGGUUAUACAUAUACCUGGGGAUCUGGUUAAGAGGGAGAUUAUGAUUCAAGGGCUUGAAACAUAUGAUUCAAGGACUUAAAUCACACUUUGAGUAGCAAGUCCAGGGGUUAGCCAAGGCUUCGCUGAGACAGAUAAUGCUUGAGCUGAUAACUGAGGGAUGAGAUCUUGACUAGGGGAGGAGAAGACCUCAGGCAUAAAGACCAACUAGUGCAAGGGCCCUGUGGCAUUGGGGAAACUGAAAGAAGGCCAGUAUGAUGAGUGCAGUCUGGGGAGAGAAUCGAGGUGAAGCACCAGGGAGCAUGGGAUCAAGCCUGCAGGAGCAUGUAUGAGGCUUCUGGAAUUUACCUUGUUGGUGAGGAGGAGCCAUUGAAGACUAUCAAGCAGGAAAGGGGCACAAACAGAUCUGCAUUUUUUUUAAAAAUCACUCCACCUGCACUAGAAAUAAGGUAAGGGGAAAGGGAGCAGAAACAAUGUGGAUGCAGAAUACGUUAGAAGGCCAAGCAGUCUGAGCAAAAGAUAGUUUGACUAACGGUGGUAGAGAUGUAGAGAAGCAGAGUGAAAACUACAUAGGAAGUAAAAGGACAGUAUUUUGUAAAGGAUUUGGCACGGAGGUAAAGAGGAGGCAUUGUGAGGGCUGUUGCCUGAGCACCUGGCCAUGGUUGAGUGACGAGUGUAUCAUUCACUGGGGGAAAGAAGCAGUAGAGGACAACCACAUUACAGGGGGAAGAGCAUGGGUUUGGUCUUGAAUGUAUGGAGUUUGAGGUCCCUGUGAGUCACCCAAGGUUAAAAGGAUGAAUAAGAGGUGGCUUCAUAGGUCUGGGGAUCAGAAGAGAGAUGGGAGCUGGAGAUACACAUCUGUUUAUCAGGUUUGUGUUGUUUAUAUCGGGGGUGAAUGAGGCCAUGGACAUGGGUGAGAUUUCAGGGUGGGAAUGGUGAAAUGAGAGGAGGACCCAGGACCAAGUUUCAGUCUCACAGACACAAUGAUGGUGAAGAGGAGGAGGAAUCUGCAUGGGGAAGAGGAGAAAGAGAAAGAAAAUGAGAUAUAUGUGAGACUUAGCCACUAAGAAAUAAAGUGUUUAGAGGAGUGCUUACAGUGCUAAAUGAUGUUUAAAAAAUGACAAGAGAGGGUGGUCUUGUGGACGACCGCAGCUGGGGCUCCUUACAGGGUCCAACCCAGACUUCCAUGUGCAUCCCCUGAACUGUAGUUGCCAGUAAACAUGCUGUCUCCCAAGUAAGCUA